UGAUUAAUGUUAUUAAAAAUUAUAAUUUUAAUCAAAAGCAUAAAAAUCUGAGCUUUAUACUCGAUCUAUGCCUGAAGCUCUUAUUAGUAGCUUACAAGUCUGUCUUUGAUAUUGUUUUUUGACUGCAGGAUGACUGAGAUUUAAAGUAAUAGUCGAGAUCUAUUUCAUUCUCAGAGUCAGUAUCUGAAGACACAGAAUCUGUAUCUUGGCCAUCAUAGUACUGUACUCAUUCCUCUUGCUUUUUAUUAGUAAUAUACCCAAAAGAGUCAGCAGUAGAACUGGAGAUAUACAUAAAGCUCAUCGGAGUGGGUUUUAUGAUAUGAAUGCCGACAUGCCUAAGAUUACGAAUUACCUUCAUAUCUUCCUCAGUGAAUUUCUUAAGGUUCUGCACAACAAGUUUUGUCCUCUUACUCUGAAUGUUUGUAGGCUUUCUCGUAUCUCUGGUAGCCUGCUGGUUGACUUUCUUUCCUCUUAAAGACCUAAUUUCCAUGUUAUCGGGGU